GUGUGUGGUGAUGUCAAAAAAACAAAACAGCUAUAAGCAUUGAAUCUUCCAUCGAUUUACACUAAUUUUUAAAAAUCAUUUGAUCUUUUGACUAAAGAGAGCAAUAAUGAAUUAAAAUGCUUGGAAACAUUUAUAAUCUCUAGAUCAAUUAGUUUGAGUGUUUCACUUCUAGAUCUAUAUGAAACGGAUUUAUAUCGCAAUCUAAUUGUAAAUUCUAUCUUAAGAAUUUAGCUCAAACUUGUCUUGAGCACGGGUACACUAGAUGAAGGAUCACGAAAGUACAGAAGAACACAUCGCGGCAACGAAACUCCUGCACUUCGUGGGUUUAGCCGGCACCUGGUUUGACUGGUUCUUUGAUGAGCACCUUCUCCUGGCCAACGUUCUCAGCGCUGGGCUUCUGCUGGGGCUGGGCGACCUGACUGUGCAGACUAUCGAGCAGACGAUGGCUGGUCAACAAAGUCGUAGUCGGGGGUUUGACAUGGUUAGAAAUCGUCGCACUAUGAUCAUUGGUGUUAUACUUGGAUUGUGUGACCACCUCUGGUACGAAGGUCUAGACCACUAUCUGCGAGGAAACUCUUUGGAUAUCAUUCUGAAGAAGGUUUUGCUAGACCAAAUCAUCGCCGGACCUUUUUUCUGCUCAGCAUUUAUAGUUGGUAUGUGUGUACUCGAAGGACUUUCCGGUUCUCUUGUGUACAAAGAAUGGAAAGAAACAUUUCCAAUUAUAUACAAAGCUGACUGGAUGUUCUGGCCAGCGGCUCAAAUGGUCAACUUUUAUCUAGUGCCUCCUAAGUAUAGAGUGUUCUAUGUCAAUGCCCUGACCUUUGUGUGGAACUCUUUUUUAUCCUAUAAGAAACACAACAAUGUGCUGAAUGGUGCUAAUACCUCAGUGAACAGCAUAUUAGGCUUUCGGACAGAAAUAAAAAAUGGGUUUAUCUUCAACACUUCCAAGAAACCAAAGUGUUCACCACAUGCUUCGUAUUUCUCGGAACGUCAAAGAAUCUUUAAAAACAGAAGCCCUCAAAGUGUAACGAGAAAAGUCAGCAAAGAUUCACCGACCAAAGCCUCUGUCAAAUUUGCUACUCCCAAAACUAUGAAGAAGAAAAAAGUGUCGAUUCGUAAAAAACUUGGAAGCAAUGCAAAGAAACAAACUCUAGGGCCAACACUUGUGCAAAACAAUAGCAACAGCGAUUUGAGAUACUCAGCAUUAGAAGACCAGCUGAUGGAGUUGCACGAGCGGAUCAAUUACUUGACCGAUGUGACCACUGACUCUCUGCAGUCAUUGGACAGAGCAGUGGUAGAGACCAGAAACGAUCUGAACAGGGUCGGCCUCAUGAUGGCUGAUGCUCUUGUCGCCUUGGAGGAAACCAAGCUGGGUCUGGUCAACAUCGCCAAACAGAUCAUCUCUGUUGUACAUCUUGAAGGGAAAAAGGAAUCAGAGACUAUUGCCACAUUAGUUCACAAUAUAAUUGAAAAGUUUGAGACAAAGCUGCAGAGUAUUCAAUAUUCAGUCGACAGUGGCGCACCUGAAACUGUUGGCAAAACCCAGGAGAGGGAUACAUCGAAACAAUUCACUUAUUUGUAGACAAAAAAAAAGUGAAAGAAAAUUGAAAUAAAAAACAAUAAAAAAAAACAGAAAUAGA